UGUUCCUUUAAAUGUGGUUUCACGUGGGGACCACUGGGCCUUGGUGGAGGUGUCUGCUCUACUGAGUGACAUUCUCGCUACUAAGACAGACACUGAUUGUUUUAAAAUCAUUUAGUAAUCAUUACAUGAAUUUGGGUGAGAAAUGAAAUAAAAAGUUUCUCUCUAAGUGCUUUCUCGAACAAUUAGUCAUCUUCUUUUGUCCUCCAGCAGGUGUCGCCAAACCUCUAGAGUGUGUGGUCCAUAUGUGAGGACGGGGUGGGGUGUUGGAGGACGCCUCAGUCUGUAGUUUGUAAAUAAAACCAGCUUUGUGCUCCUCUGUGUCCUGACUCCAUGGGGGUGGGUGAUACCUUGAGAGAGGAGCAGCAGAGGGAGGACGAUCCGGCGACUGACGGUCCUCACCCGCGUCCUCAGCUCAGAUCCACUUCUACAGGAUCCAUUGUCGCCUGCAAAAGUGCACAACAGAGUGGCCCGCAAUGGUCAUGUCCACUGCACACUACCCAAGGCUAAAGUAUGUGUCUCUGGGGGUCCUGGUGUUGCAGACCACGUCACUGGUGCUCACCAUGCGCUACUCCCGCACGCUGAAGGAAGAUGGACCCCGCUACCUGGCCUCCUCUGCCGUGGUGUUGGCUGAGGUGCUCAAGGUCCUCACCUGCAUCCUGCUUGUCUUCAAGGAUUGCAGUUUCAAUGUGCAGUCAAUGACCAAGCUGCUGAAGGAGGAGAUCUUGAACAAGCCCAUGGAGACGAUGAAGUUGGCCAUUCCUGCAGGGAUCUACACGCUGCAGAACAAUCUGCUCUAUGUUGCCUUAUCCAACCUGGACGGAGCCACCUAUCAGGUGACGUACCAGCUGAAGAUCCUCACCACGGCACUAUUCUCUGUCUCCAUGCUGGGAAAGAGGUUGGGCCUCCACCAGUGGCUCUCGCUGCUCCUGCUCAUGGCUGGCAUUGUUCUAGUGCAGUGGCCCACGGAGUCUGGAGGUGCCUCGCAGAAAAAGAACAUGACGGCAGGAUCCCAGUUUGUGGGACUGAUGGCCGUGCUGAUGGCCUGUGUGUCCAGUGGUUUUGCUGGAGUUUACUUUGAAAGAAUCCUCAAGGAGACUAAACAGAGUGUGUGGCUCCGAAACAUUCAGCUGGGUUUGUUCAGCUUUGGGUUUGGCUUCAUAGGAAUGAUUGUAUACGACGGCCAGAGGGUGAGAGAGUCAGGAAUACUUCAGGGCUACAACUCUAUAACCUGCACCGUCGUCAUCUUACAGGCUCUGGGCGGGCUGGUCGUAGCUGUGGUCAUUAAAUAUGCAGACAACAUCCUUAAAGGAUUCGCCACAUCUCUGUCCAUCAUCUUGUCCGCUCUCGUUUCAUAUUUCCUGUUGAUGGACUUCAAUCCCACUGGACUAUUUUACUGGGGGACCAUGCUGGUUAUGGCGGCCACCAUUCUUUACAGCUACCAGCGCAAACCUGCCAGUGUUAGCAUCAUCAAGACAGAGACCUCAAUCAACAGUGCCUAACAGUAAAACACCACCAAGCAUAGAGGGAGUUGAACUCUAUGAGCUGUGAUGUACUUGGAAAAUUAAGGACGUAUUUGGAAAUUAAGGACGCAGGAAACAUGGAGGUGAUCAAACCUGUUACAUUCCAACAACUACAACUGGAGACUGUUGACUAGAUGUGCCCCAUCACUCCUCUUGUACAUAAGAAGGAGCCAAUAGUGUAAAAUACAUUUGCUCUGUAGAUGUAUUUUCCUGAAACAUGUUAUACAUGCAGUGUAAACCAGUAGGAAACACUGAUGAAUCCUUGGCCACAUGAAUGUUUGGGAAUGUUCUGGGGAAAUAUUUCAGUUGUAUAAUGUGAGUAAAAUGAUACUGUAUUUACCAAAAGGGAAAGCUUGUUGAUGAUGCAGCCAUGAAAAAGGGAGAAAUCCUUGACAGAGCUUCCAUCUAGUGGUGGAGUGAAGAGCAAACUUGCUGCAAAGAGGAGGGGUUACCUCUGUUCAAAGAUGCUGAUCGUCCUUUUUUAUAUGAGAUGAAAUGGGAUAUGACUGCUUUGACCUUGCUGCUCACAGUCUGAGUAUUUAUAUCAAUCACACUUAUUUUUUAAAUGCAAAAUAAAACUCUUCAUGUAAAAACAA